CGAAACCAACACCAAUGCGAUUGAGCGUUCACAACAAAAUAUACACAAAUUAAAUUGUUAAAGCCGAUAUUUUCGACCUAAGGCGAAGAGAUGAGCUCAACGCGACCGUUUUGCUUCGUUUGCGGCAAGGAAAAGUCCGUGGGAGUCUUUCAGCUGAUAGAAGGCUGCAUAGUGCCAGGAACUUUUAAGCCAAUCAAGGAUAUCCUGAAGUACUUCGAGAAGAUCAUCAACCAGCGCCUGGACCUAGCACCCAACUCUGCCGCCUGUCGGGACUGCCUGGAGUACCUGUUCAACUACGACAGAUUAGUGCGGAAUCUCAGCCAGGUCCAGCGCCAAAUCGCGGAUGCACUGCUGGGCUGCCGACAGGUGGAGGGCAAGCCGGAGGCCAGGCAACAGGCGGUGAAGAGGGCUAAGGUCCAAGUGCCAGCCUUUAAGGUCGUCCAGGCUGCACCUCUUCAGGAGCAGGAAGAGGAGGAAGACGAAGAAUUCAUGAAGGAGGAGGUGCUGGACGAGGAUUUUUGCUUCAGCGAGCCGGACGAUAGCAUGCCCUCGUCGGAGGACGAGUUCUUCACCGAGACAACCGAGAUACCCUGCCACAUCUGCGGCGAGAUGUUCUCCAGCCAGGAGGUUCUCGAGCGGCACAUCAAGGCGGACAACUGCCAAAAGAGUGAGCACGCCACUUGCAACGUGUGCGGCCUGAAGGUCAAGGAUGACGAGGUGCUCGAUCUGCACAUGAACCUGCACGAGGGCAAGACCGAGCUGGAGUGCCGCUACUGCGAAAAAAAGUUCUCCCACAAGCGCAACGUCCUGCGCCACAUGGAGGUGCACUGGGACAAGAAAAAGUACCAGUGCGACAAGUGCGGGGAGCGUUUCUCGCUCUCCUGGCUGAUGUACAACCAUCUGAUGCGCCACGACGCCGAGGAGAACGCCCUGAUCUGCGAGGUGUGUCACCAGCAGUUCAAGACCAAGCGCACCUACAAGCACCACUUGCGCACCCACCAAACCGAUAGGCCCCGCUACCCCUGUCCCGACUGCGAGAAGUCCUUCGUCGACAAGUACACCCUGAAGGUGCACAAGCGCGUUCACCAGCCGGUCGAGAAACCGGAGGUGACGGAGGCCAAGGAUUCCACGGCAGCGUUCUUUUAGGGUAGUCCUUUGCUAGUUUAAUCUAAGUAGCCCAGCUUAUGAGCACAUAAGCGCGCGUAUGUAUCAUAAAAUUAAAUAUUAACAACCAUUGAGGGAAAAACCA